CCUGUGGCCAGGGAGAACGUUUCAGUUUUACGAAUCCCCACCCAUUUUUGUUCUCAGCACUUUUCAAGUUGUGACACCUCCAGUUCAUUUUUUUCUCUGCAGUCACUCGCAGGCGGUAAAGAUUCCUGCUGCUUUUCAACCUACUUCUAAUGUUUAUUAGUAAUGGAUUUGAACUGGAUAGAAAUGCAUUACCUGCAACUCUAAAGGAUUUUCCUGUGACUGACAGUUCAAAGCUGUAUUCCAUUAAACACCUUUACUGGAACCUGGCUGAGCAAGUUUUCCAUGUAUGCUGUGGCCACGAGGCAAUACCAGUGAACCAUAUCUUUAACAGAUGUCGUUUGUUUUUCCUUUGUAUUUUUUUUUAAAUGCUCACCAUCCCAUUAAAAUUCCAAGAUGAUGAAGGUAUAGGACAAUAUAGACAUGUUUUAUUUGUUGAAACGUGAUGAAAAUUAGAACAUGAACAACGGGGCAGAAUUGUUAUGUGGUUUGAAUUGAAAAGAUUAUCUUUCUUUCUGUCUAAACAAAAUAAAUAAAUAAAUGAACCCAAAUGCUCUCUGUCACCAGGUAUCAGCUGCUGUUCUAUCGUUUUGAGGAGAGCUGAUCAAAGGCCCAGGCAUAAUGGAAUCCAAUCUAUCUAUGCUCUCAUCCUUGAAAGAGGACUUCAGCCCUGAGGAUUACAUCCUGCCACAUUAUAAGGAAGCUUAUCGGUUAGCUAUUGACUGUUUGGUCAGUGGUGGCAAACAAGUAUAUCAGGAAUUCCUCCAUGCUGAGAAAAUCACAAGCUUCCUUUCUGAGGAAGAAAUUGACUUCAUAACACAGAAUACAGAACAACUAGCUGUCAGUGAGGAUGAGGAGGAUGUUGACAGCACCAGGGACAACUCCACAGGGACAUACUGGCCCACAAAUUCUGAUGCUCCUCCCCCAGACCUGGAUCUCGGUUGGCCAGAGGUCAUGCAUAACAGAUUCCAGACCAACAUAAACAUCCUUUACCAUCCACCCAGGUCAAACAGUCCCACCAUCAAGGAAUCACUGAGGAGACAUAUCCAAGAUGCCAGACAGGUCAUUGCAAUCGCCAUGGAUGUGUUUACCGAUGUAGACAUUUUUAAAGAGGUGGUCGACGCGUCAAUCCGAGGCAUUCCUGUGUACAUCCUUUUGGAUCACAGUCAUUUGAAAAGCUUUCUCAAUAUGGCGGCAAAUCUUGACAUUCAAAUUCAAAAACUCAGGAACAUGAGGGUGCGCACAGUGCAAGGUCAGGAGUAUGUUUGCAAAUCAGGAGCCAAAUUCCAUGGAGCCAUGUUACAGAAAUUUCUCCUAGUUGACUGCCAAACAGUGUUUUUUGGAUCAUACAGUCUCAUGUGGUCCUGUGAAAAGAUCCACCUGAAUAUGGUUCAAGUCAUAACAGGAGAGUUAGUGGAGUCUUACGACGAGGAGUUCCGGACUCUAUACGCCCGCUCCAAUAUUCCAUUCGAGAUCCAGUCUCAGGACAUCUUGUCAGAUCGAUGGAUGAAUGGCAAAACUGAGAAUUACCUCGGCCGUCCCAUCCGAGCUUUUGAAAGAAAGGAUCACUUGAGGCACACACUUGACUCUGUAUAUCGCCAAACCUGUGAGAGACAAGCAGGCAUUAGGGGCGUACAGGAAGAUCUUCCCAUCGCUCCCCAUAGUAGAUUUCUUCAAGAUGCACUGGAGUUCAACAAGCGGCACAGCUAUGCAGGGGAACCCCGAGAGCCCGGACAUAUCAUUCAGCAGUCCAGGUAUGGCAGCAGUAACUGGAAUGUGGCUGAAGACAUCAGGGGUUAUGGAGGAAACCAUCCAACUCUUAUGGAGAACCCCUAUGGAAGCACCAGAUUAAACUUCCUUAACAGGACUGCUAACUAUCGCCAGUCCUACCACGGUCAUGAUAAACAGGUGCAUUCAAUGCAGCAGACCAUGCCAAGUUUGGCAAGUACCUCCAAGUCAUUUCUGCGCACAUGGAGGAUAGAAUCCUACCUCAAAAACUGUGACGCACACAUUGGAGAACCAUAUGAUUAUCUUGACCAAUACGAGAUGGACAACAAACCUGUUCCUGUGAUGCCUUCUCGUCUUAGGUCAUCCCUGGUAUUCAGGUCCAUUAUCCCAGAGGAUUCAGAACCCAACAAUUACACAAAUGAUUCCAUAUCAUCAGCACUCCGUGAGGAUCAAUUUGGAAUACAGCCGGGUUCACAGUACUAUUCGAACCAAUGGAACCAAGCGGAUUUAUGGGACAAUCGAGCCCAACCUGAUGAAUUUAUGUUAAAGAGACGGAGUAUACAGGUCCCAGAGCACUCUGGAAAAAACUUUGGCUUUGGCUCAGGAAGAGAGAUACUAUAUGCUAGCCUUGGCAGAGCUAAAAAUCGGUUUAAGGUUAAAGAGCCUGAGCUCCCACAAGACAAUUUGUACAAAAGGCACAGUGUAGCAGACCCUAGGCAUAAUACAUACAAUAAUAGUAAUAAUAAAGAACCUUCCAGCCAUCUGUAUGCACACCUGUCGAGAAAUGAAACAGACAAAGGUCCGGUUCUUGAGAACUCAAUAAGUGGAGGGUAUACCCAAAACCUCAAUGAGGACCAGAGAUCGCUCUCACAUUAUGAUGUCAAAACAGCUGAAAGCAACAAUGUGCAACACUCUAUGUGGCAAGAACCUCCCUUAAGGACCGUAUCAGCAACAGGUCUAGAAGUGGAGGAUAUCAACCGGAACAAACCCAGUGUAAUAUCACCCUUUAAAAAGGGCACCAAGAAAAUCAAAUCGCUUCUAAACAUUCCAGAGAAGCGGGACAGCUCGCCAAAAAGGAAGAACAAUUCAAGCCUUAAAAUAUGUGGUAGCACUGACACCAUUCUUUCUGAUGACACAGAGAAACAACAGAGCCCUACAACCAUUUCUAUGAAGUCCAGUGACAGCAGUUUUUUGAAAAGGAUAAAUGGGAGGAUCUCUGAAACAAAGUACAAUGCUGCCGCCUUGACCGGAGAAACGUCUGCUCCUCGUUUUAGUACAGACGAGCUCCAGGGUGAUGGGUCUGUAAAAGCGGCAGAUCGGCUGUAUUCCAACAGUCAGGAGAAUAAAAGAAAUUUGGUACAGGGCACCACCACAAGUCAGUGGCCACAAGAGCAAGUUCGGGUGAAUAGGGCGUACAGUCGUUUUGAGCCUCUUUGUUCCUUUGAGAGUAAAAAUACCUCUUCAGGACAGGGCACCGGUUUGUCCAUAAAUAAAUCAGACAGAAACAGAAGCUCUUUCCUUACAAGAGGAACAACAAGCAGUGAUCAUAGCAACCAUAUAACUCAACAUACACACGGUCAUGAAAAUAAACUUGGACGUUUCAUACAGCGGGUUGGAAAUUUAAUAAACAAGAAUAAGUAAUGUAGAUGUAGAUAAAAGCAAAUAAUUGCCACCUCAAUGAAAGGGGGAAAACAAUUCCCUUGAAAUAUCUUAUCGUAGUAAUUGUAUAGACUUUGCCUUGGUGUAAUAUAAAAAUGAGUGCAAUAAAUUAUAGUGGACUACUUGUGUUGGAGCACUGAAAUCGAACACUAUAUCUCAUGCACCGUCUCCUGAGGAUCAUCCUGCAUUGCCCUCAUGUUUUAGGUCAUCCCUUACUUUCAGGUCCUUCACACCAGAGUCUCCAGUAUUUAUGUAUGUAUCGAUUUGGAAUACAGUCCGCAUGCACUAUAUGACUCUUCAGUGCAAUCAAGAAUUAGUCACUAGACACUGUAUGUUCAAACACUCCACUCCACACAUGGACGUUGGUUUGACUGUUGUUACCUGAAAUGUUUACAUUCGUAAUUAAAUCUCUUUUUUUAACUAGUGUUUUGACCUCAUGUGGAAAUGUUCAGAAAGGGAAACUUCACUCAGUGGAUACUUUAACGGCUUUAUGCUGUGCAAUGACCAAUUUUGUGGAGGAAAUCAUACUAAAGUCCAUUGUGCCUUAACACUUAUUGUUUUUGAGCAGGUAUAAGAUGCAACAAAAUCUUUUCCAUAAUGCAUGAUAUGUUUUUACAAUACACUGCGAAAGUGCCAACUAAUUUUCAGAGUUCAAGGGAGAAUUUGAUUUUGCACUUUUUACCAACAACUACAUUAUUUAACAAGGACAAGGACAGGAAAAUAUACAGUUUUUACAUGCUGCGAUGAAUAACAAUGGAGAUAUAAAAGCGCAGGAAUAUAUAUACAUAUAAUGUUACAUAUCACUAUAUUCAUAUUUUAGCAUAAUAUCACAGCCCUUGUCAACACUGUGAUGCUGUGAUUAUAAGUUCUUAUCAGAAAAAUGUACAUUUAAACAGAUGAAUGCUGGGUAAAGAUCAUUCUCAUCCAGAAAAACCUCUACAAAUGUCUGAACUGUAAUGAUUUAGACUUUAACUUUCUUAAAUAGCAAUGCAACACAAAAGACACAAGAAUUGCAUGAGCUUGUGACCUUUCUACAAACUGAUUGCUUUGUUGUUU